AUGCCUCGUCGCAUCCCCAUUUCUGGAAAGAGGCGCCAAGAGCGCAACGAACUCAAACGCGCCGUCAAGCGCGGCGAGCUCGACGCUCGCCCCAAGGGCAAACGCAAGGGCCUCCACGCACGCACCAGCGAGACCGCCGCCGCCGAGGCCGCCGCCGCCAUCGCGUCGUCGACCCGCCUCAAGCUCCCACAGUCGUUCCUCGACAAGACUCGGGCGCUCGCCUCGUCGAUCCCGCUCACGCGUCCACUCCCUGCUGAGCGCGCGAUCCUCCCCGAUCCCGCUCCUCCGGCACUGGGUUCUACUCUGAGGUGCCCCAUGCGGCCCCAGUGGGACUACAACACGUCCAAGGAGGAGCUCGAGGCGAACGAGGAGGUCCUCUUCGAGGCGUGGCUUGCAGAAACUGACGCUCUGCUCAACGACUGGACCAAUCCCAGCCAGGUGGAUGCCCAGGCAGCGCAGAUGCCUCACGCUCCUCCUUCUUUCGAGCGCAACCUGCAAGUGUGGCGGCAGCUAUGGCGCGUGACCGAGAUAUCCCACAUCAUCCUCAUCCUCCUCGACGCCCGCUGCCCGACCCUCCAUUUCCCUCCCGCGCUCGCCGACUACCUGUCGAACAUGCCCAACGCGGACUCCGUCCGGAUCGUCCUCGUCCUCACCAAGGUCGACAUCGCCGGCCCCGAGCGCGCCGUCGCCUGGCACCACCAUCUGCGCGCGAGACACCCCGGGAUGCGCGUUGUCCAGGUCGAGUCGUACGCCGAGCAACCUCACGCGGGCGGGGCGUCUACCGGCGCCAGGAAGCCCCAUCUUCCUUCUGCCUUCCGGAGGACACUCGUCGACGCCGUUCGAGACGCUCACGCAGAGCUCCUUGAGUCUCCCGAAGCGUCUAAGUCUACGGUCGAGAGACCUAGACCUCGGAUGCGGUCCCAAGUUGACUGGGAGAACGUGUUGGCUGCCCAUGGGAGCCAAGUAGGUGCUGUUUUCGACGAUUCCGCCGCGUCGAAGCCUCAAGAACCUACAUCCGAAGACAGCGGAGGUAACUCAGAGGCUUCAGAGCCCGAGUAUCUCAGCAUCGGUCUCAUCGGCCAACCGAACGUGGGCAAGUCGUCGCUGCUGAACGCGCUGUUUGGCACGCAGAAAGCCAGCGCGUCGCGCACGCCUGGGAAGACGAAACACUUUCAGACGCUCUUCUGGACGCCGGAAGUGCGCGUCGUCGACUGCCCAGGGAUCGUCUUCCCGAACCACACCCCGAUGGAGGACCAGGUGCUGAGCGGCGUCCUCCCCAUCACCCGCGUGUCCGCGGUGCCGCUCUGCGUCCACCGCGCGGCGCAGCUCCUCCCGCUCGAACGCGUCCUCGACCUCACCCACCCCUCGAUCACCCAUCCGCCCCCAGUCUCCAAGCGGGCGAAGGACCCUGCGUGGACCGCGUCGUCGGACCCGUUCUGGGACGCCCUCGAUCCGUGCACGGACCCGUUCAAGGACCUCCUGCCUCCGCCUACCGCGCCGCUCGUCUGGACCGCGAUGGACGUCCUCUCCGCGCACGCGGAGCUCAAGGGGUACGCGACCGCUCAAGUGGGCCGGCCCGACGUCAACCGCGCAGGGAACGCGGGUGAGCACCGCGAGCCCGUCCGCCGCGUGCGCUGCGAGACUGAUCUUCCUCUCCGCAGUUCUCCGCGCGCUCGCGGAGAGCCGCAUCCGGUGGGCGUUCUGGCCGCCCGGAGCCGCCGUCGCCGCGCCGGGAGACGGCGUUUGGAUCGACGACGGCCAAGGCCGUCACGACUUCGAAGAGCCUGA